GCUGCUGUUUGUUCAGAGAAGAGAAGAAAGAUGGCGGCUCUAGAAGAACCGAAACGGGACGCCGGGCUAACGUUUUGAGCUCUCGCAGCCGGAGAGACAUCCGGGCUUCUCGGGGACACGACACCGUCUGAACCCUCACCCCUCCAGCUCUGUUGGGGUGCAGUUUUCGCUCGCGUUGGUGCAGGCUAAAGAAACGCAAAAAUUGGGACAAUAAAAUAAUCGCUGUCGCUGAUCAUGAGAGGGAAGCGGGGCAGGCCGCCCAAACCUCUCCAAGCAGAGGAACCGUCUCCAACCACGGCCCGGGGCUUACGACCCAGGAGGAAUCUGAAGCCCAGGCCGAGGGACAGCGGGGACGAGGACGUGGAGAGCCCCACACGGGAGCCCGCCAAGACCUCCAGAAAGAGGAAACGGGGAUCCGGGACGUCCACACGGGGACGGGGACGAGGCAGAGGCGGCGGCGGGGUCGGGAGAGGAGGCAGAGGGGGUCGCGGAGGAAGACGCGCCGCCGCCUCCAAAAAAGUGGUUUACGACGACCAUGAGAGCGACGAGGACGACGACGCUGUCAGCCUGAGGUCCGAGGAGGACGAGUUCAUCGAGGAGGAACCCCAGUCCGAGGAGGACGAGGGCCUCAAAGAGGACUCGGACUGCCUGGAAGAAGAUGUGCUGGACGGGGAGGAGGAGGAGGAGGAGGAGGAGGUGGAGGAGGAUGCGAGCUUCUGCACAGAGAGCAGCUUCAGGAGUCAGAGCACACACACCAGCACUCCGGGGAAGAAGAAAGGACGGCCACGGCCUCGCACCCCCGUCCUGGAGGAGGAGAAGAUCCCGCCCCUCGUUCUCCCCGACUCCUCGGAGGACCUCCUGGUGACGAAGGAGGAGAUGCUCAACGCCACCUCCAUCUACGAGGUGCUGAGGAACUUCAGCACGGUUCUGCGUCUGUCCCCGUUCCGCUUCGAGGACUUCUGCGCGGCGCUCGUGGGACAGGAGCAGUGCACUUUAUUAGCAGAGACGCACAUUUCCCUCUUGAAGGUCAUCCUACGUGAGGAGGACUCGUCCAACACUACCUUCGGCCCCGCAGACCUCAAAGACAGCGUCAACUCCACGCUGUACUUUAUAGACGGCAUGACGUGGCCCGAGGUGUUGCGGGCGUACUGCGAGAGCGACCGGGAGUACCACCACGUGCUGCCCUAUCAGGAGACGGACGAGUACCCGUACAGCCCGCUGGAGAGUAAGAUCAAGGUGCUGCAGUUUUUGGUAGACCAGUUCCUCACCACCAACAUCGCCCGCGAGGAGCUGAUGUCCGACGGGAGCAUGCAGUACGACGACCACUGCCGCGUGUGUCACCGCCUCGGCGACCUGCUGUGCUGCGAGACCUGCUCGGCGGUUUACCACCUGGAGUGCGUGAAACCCCCCCUGGAGGUCGUCCCGGAGGACGAGUGGCAGUGUGAGAUUUGUGUGGCGCACAAAGUGCCCGGGGUCACGGACUGCGUGUCAGAAGCGCAGAAGAACCGACCCUACAUCCGCCAGGAGCCAAUCGGAUACGACCGCCACCAGAGGAAAUACUGGUUCAUCAACAGAAGGAUUAUUGUCGAGGAGGACGGCGAGCACGAGAAGAAGAAGAUCUGGUACUACAGCACCAAGGCUCAGCUGGAGGAGCUGAUGGAGAGUCUGGAUCAGGAGUACUGGGAGGUGGACCUGCACGCCACCCUGGAGGAGAUGAAGGAGGAGGUGCGAGCUCACAUGGACAUCACGGAGGAGCUGACCAACAAAGCCCGCUCGAACAACAAAGCCUACCUCACCACCGUCAACGAAGUUAUCACGGAGCGUCUGAAGGUCAGGCGGGAGGCGCAGGAAGCAAAGCGGCGAGCAGAGGAGGCAAAGCGGGAAGCAGAAAUGAGCUCGGUGAAGACGGAGGGGAACGGAGAAGUCCUCCCAAACGCUGAGCGCACAGAGGAUGCUAACUCACAGGCUGCAGCUCCGCCUCCUGCAGAGGAGAGCUCUGCGUCUGAUCCAAACUCCGGCUCGGCCGCCCAGGACUCAACCUCGCCGCCCACAGAGAGCGCCGAAUCAAAGAAGGACGCGCCGUCUGCCUGCUCCGGGUCCCCUCUGGUGGCGGGGCAGGAAAGAACAGGUGAGGAUGCAAAAGCAGAAUCCAGCAGUGAAGACAAACAGCCUGACAAGUCGCAGACACAAACUGCAGAUCAGCCACAGAAUCCGGCGUCUCAGACGUCUCAGACGUCUCAGACGUCUCAGGUGGCGAGCAGCAGUCAGGUGUCCGGCUGUGAGAACGUCUUGAAAGCAGAGCAGCCCGACCUGACCGACCCGUGCUCUCGCUCCUCUUUCACCAGCCAGGACGGGACAGACGAGUACAACGAGAAGUUUAAAAGUGAAAAAGGACGAGUGGCAGGACAUCGAUCGAAUCAUCACACGCCCCGAGGGAGCAAAGAGUCGUCUCCGGUGCCUUUUGAAGGCGAGUCCACGCGCCUCAGCUUCUUCAAAAGAGACCUCGCCGUCAACCUGAACAACCUGUUCAAACUGGGCCAGGAGGGUAAAUACCGCGUCUACCACAACCAGUACAGCACCAACGUCCUGGCCCUGAACAAGCACCAGCACCGCGAGGACCACGACAAGAGGCGCCACCUCUCGCACAAGUUCAGCCUGACCACCGCCGCCGAGUUCAAGUGGAACGGCUCCAUCUACGGCUCACGGAGUCUGACCGUCUCUACCCUGCGGCUCACCAUCAUCCAGCUGGAGACCAGCGUCCCCGGGCCGUUCAUGCAUCCUAACUGGGCGUCGCACAGGACCAACUGGAACAAAGCGGUGCAGAUGUGCAGCAAAGCCCGAGAGUUCGCUUUGGCUCUGGCCAUCCUGGAGUGUGCCAUCAAACCCGUGGUCACGCUGCCCGUGUGGAAAGACUCUCUGGGACACACGAGACUACAUCGUAUGACCUCCAUGGAGCGAGACGAUAAGGAGAAGGUGAAGAAGCGGGAGAAAAAACUGGAGGAUGAGGAGACGCUGCUACAGGCCACAUGGGUCAAAUACACAAUCCCCAUCAAGCACCAGGUGUGGAAGCAGAAGGGGGAGGAGUACAGAGUGACCGGGUACGGCGGCUGGAGCUGGAGCAGUAAAACUCGUGUGCCGCGUUUUGUCCCAAAGCUUCCGGGGAACACAAACGUAAACUACCGCAAAGAACUCGAGGCAGCUAAACUGAGGAAGGAAAACGCAGCAUCUUGCACUACAAAGCCGGAGAGUUCAGUAGAAAAUGUGAAGGAGAGUCAGAAGAGAUCAGAGGAGGAAGAAGCUUCUGUCAGCGCGUCGUCUCAGAGCACUUCAUCAGACGACGGAAGCAAACCGCCGACCUCCACCGAGGGAGAAACGCCCGCUGAGGAGACGGGACAGAACAAGGAACAAAAGAGAGAAGAGGAAAAAAUGGAGGUCAACCCCACCUCAGAAACGACUUCUUCAAGUGCCCAGAAAGAUCAAACUGAAAACCCAGAAGCUUCCUCGCCGUCUGUGCAGCCGGCGCCAGAGGAACCAAUCCUGAAAGUGGAACGACCCGUGAAGGAGGAGAGCGCCGCCCCGAAGCCGUACUACGAUGUCGUGAACGUCAGCGAGGGCUUCCAGCUGCGGACGGCGUACAAGAAGAAGGUGAAACCCUCGAAGCUGGACGGGCUUCUGGAGCGCCGCGUUAAGCAGUUCACUCUGGAGGAGAAGCAGAGGCUGGAGAAGAUGAGGCAGGCGGCCGUGAUGUCCAAGACGAGCGCUGCAAAGUCGGGGGUAAAGGUCGAGGGAUGGACGUCGAGCAAACAGACGCCAGCUGUCACCCCGGGUGUGAAAGAAGAGAAGGAGGCGGGGCUUCAGGUGACGGACAGCGUGGUUAAGAAGCUGAACUUUGAGCAGAACGAGUUAAAGGAAACCAACUCCGACGCCAACCACAGCAAAGAGACGGAGGUGAACGCCGCUGGGAACGGGGACGCCGCCGCUCACCCGGAAAUUAACGGAGGAACUGUAACGAGCUCCGAGCUGAACAACGAGAACAACGGUGAACAGGACGCCAACGAGAGCGACGAGAAAACACAGAAAGCAGAGGUGGCUCGCGUGGGAGAGAACGCCAAGAAGAGAGCGUACGAGGAAAUCGAACGAGACGCGGAGAGCGCGGCGGGGGCGGAGCAAAGCAGGAGCGGCCCGGUGCAGGUGAACGGGCGAGAUGGGGUCAUCAGCGACUCAGACGCAACAAGUCAACUCCACGAUGAUGUCAAAGCGCCGUUGGUGAAUGGAAACCUCUCGCAAAAUAAUGUUCCCGACGAAUGUCAUCAACCGCCGACUAAAGUCCCGAAGUUAGAGAACCACGUGUCGGAGCGAGGAGACGAGAAGAGCGAGGACGGGACAGUGAAGAGCGAGGCUGCGGCGCCCGCUUCCUGUCUGAAUAAUAACACUACAAAUAAGAUGAGCCCCGCCGCCGCAGAGUCCCACAAUUCACUGCAGCCUGACGGGAAGUCUAAAGCCGCAGGUGGCGCAGUCACGUCUGUUACCAUGGCGACAAGCAGCCAGCCCGUCUCCAGAGCAGCCGUCCCCCUGAGGGCCAAACAUGUGGAUGCAUCGGGGUCGACGGCGGCGGGCGGCGGCUCCAUGACGAUCAGUAAAGAAUAUUCUACCAGAGACCGGGUCAGCCUGCUCAAGUUCUCCAAGUCCAAGAAGACGCGGUCGGGGACGGCGCUCCCGUCCUACCGCAAGUUCGUCACCAAGAGCAGCAAGAAGAGCAUCUUCAUCCUGCCCAACGACGACCUAAAGAGGCUGGCGAGGAGGUCGGGCAUCAGAGAGGUGCCCAUCUUUAACUACAACGCCAAGCCCGCCCUCGACAUCUGGCCCUACCCUUCACCUCGACCCACCUUCAGCAUCACAUGGAGAUACCGUCUGCAGACUGUGCGGUCUCUGGCGGGGGUCAGCCUGAUGCUGAGGCUGCUGUGGGCGUGUCUGAGGUGGGACGACAUGGCCGUGAAGCCUUCUGCUGCCGUGGGGACGACUCGGAAAGAAACCACGGACACAGACAUCAUCACAACGGAGAUCAUUAAACGGCGAGACGUGGGGCCGUACGGUAUCCGCUCUGAAUACUGCAUCAGGAAGAUCAUCUGUCCCCUCGGAAACAGAGACACUCCCAAAGAAACCCCGACUCCGCAGAGGAAAGGCCUUCGAUCGAGCGCCCUGAGACCCAAGAAGCAGGAGCCGGCCAAGCUGACCGGGCCCGUCGCCGUGGAGACGUGGGUGGCCGAGGAGGAGCUGGAGCUGUGGGAGAUCAGGGCCUUUGCAGAAAAGCUGGAGAGGGAUAAGUCUCAGGGGAUCGACCCCUCUAAGGGGGGCAGCAGUCUGAAGACAGCGGAGGAUGUGAAGGCUCACCUGGAGAGUCAGCUGAGACAGGCCCGACUGGCGGCCCAGCAGAAACGUCUGGAGCCGCUGAGGCCGAGCACGCCCGCCUCCACUUUCCCAACAACGACCAGCGGCUCCUCACCGGGCACGCCCAGCAUGCCGGUGUCCACGGGCCAGAGGGCAGGUCAGGUCACACCUGGAACAAAGAUGGUCCUGGCCUCCAAACUGGGCUCUCCCGUUACCUUCCAGCAAGACAAAAACUUCCAUCAGUCGUUUGCUUCCUGGGUGAAGCAGGGUCAGAACAACAACAGUGGCGGUGCAGCCUCCGCCGUUGCUGGCGGCGUCACCGCCUCAGAGCAAACCUUCCAGAUCGCUGCAGGCGCGGUGACUGUGGCAGGCCAGGUCCUCGCCGGCAAACUUCCCCUGCCCGCUAACAGCAAGAUUGUCACGCUCAACAUGCCCGCCACUGCAGGAGGUGUGGUGCAGCAGAAGGUCGUGGGCAUAUUCCCCUCUGGGCCUCCGGCUAACCUGAGGACAUACAGCACGCUACAUCCCACGACCGGAAACAUCAACCUCAGAGCCUCCAGCUCCAACACGCAGCAGCAGGUCGUCAAAGCGGGAGGUCAGAUCCAGCCCGGCACCACGAUGAGCCCGUCACCUUCAACAUCUACCUCUGUGAGCUCGCCGAUGGUCAGAAGUCCGGCUCCACAAGGAACACCUCAGCAGGCUGUGGCCCCGAUGGGCCCGGGUCAGUCUGGACCUACACCCAUGAGCGCUUCUACUCCUGCAGCUCAGAGAGCAGCAGGUCCUCCAGCCACAGCAGCACCUGGACAGUCACCUGCAGCCGCCCCCCAGACCCCCAGACCACAGCAGGGUCAAGUUAAACUCACGAUGGCACAGCUGACGCAGCUCACGCAGGGGGCUCAGGGUGGAAAUCCAGGUCUGACGGUGGUGAUCCAGGGUCAGGGUCAGACCCAGGGCCAGCUGCAGAUCAUCCCACAGGGUGUCACAGUGAUCCCCGGUCCUGGUCAGCAGCUCAUGCAGGCGGCCAUGCCGAACGGCCAGGUCCAGCGCUUCCUCUUCACCCCCGUGCCCCCCUCCUCAUCUGCAUCCACCGCUGCUACCCCCACCAAGCCCGCCCCGCCUCAAACCCAAAUAACACCACCAGCUCAAGUCAGAGCCCCUGCACAAGUCCAGACGACUCCCUCGACCCUCGCCCAGACUCAAAUGUCCGCCCCUGUUCCCAUCACGACGCAAAUGCCAGGUUUGGCCUCCAUUCAAGCCCCGGUCUCGGCCCCCACUCCAACUGCCCAAGUCUCAAUGCACGCACAGGUUUCAGCCCCCGCACAGGCUCAGAUAUCCAAUCCUGUUCCUGCUCCGCCUCAAGUCUCAGCCCACUACUCCACGCAGGUUUUAUCCUCCCCAAGACCUGUUUUUGCCCCCCCAGCCGUGCUGCAGCCACAAGUCUCCACAGUCCCCCCCGGCUCCUUCCCCACAUACACGCAAACUACAGCAUCACCCCCUACCCUAAGACAGGCCACGCCUCAGCACCACCUCCAGACCUUCAGCCCCGCCCCUGGCUUUAACUCGACCCCGGUCCAGGUGCAGGUCUCUGCUCCCGCCCCCGCUCUCGCCCCCGUCUCCAGCCUCUCUUACUCCGCCCCCAUGCCUGUUUCUGCCUCUCUUCCCUCGCCGGUCCACGUCCCGACCCCUGCUCUCGCUCCCGUCUCGGCUCCCGUUAUAGCUGUGGUGUCCACCCAGAUCCCCGUCCCCUCCCCGGGCAGAGCGUUAACCCAGAUCCAGACCACCGCUCCCGUUCCUCUUCACGCCGCUGUGGCCAACGCUGUGGUCACACCAGUCACAGCCACCUCGACGACACCUUCAGUGCCAGCUCUGAUGGAGCAGAGAGCAGCUCAGCCUCAGGUCUGGACUUCAGCCUCCUCUCAGGCUCAGAGUCCAGCUCAGCAGGCUGCAGCUCCUUUGCAGACCCCUACCCAGGCCCCCGUACCGGCCCCUCCACCCGUCUCUACACAUCAAACCCUCCACCCUCUGCCUCAAGUCCAGCACCCGGGCGUCAUGUCCAUGCAGAGUCCGGUCUCAGCGGUGCAGGUUCACAUGAAGGGAGUACCGGUCUCUACAGUGAGAUCCCCCCAGCCCCAGAUCCAGCCUCAAACCCAGCGCCAGGCUCAGAUCUGUGCUCAGAUUCAGGUCCAACCCUUCAGCCAAGUCCAGCAGAUUCAGGCCCAAGCACAAACCCAGAACCAGCCCCAGGUCCGAGUUCAGUUCGAGCCGCAAACCCAAGUACGGCCCGCCCUUCAAAAUCCACCUCAGGCACAGUUUCAGCCCCAAAACCAAACCAUGGUCCAGGUCCCAGCCCAGUCCCAGCUUCAGCUCCAGUCGAGAGUCCAACCUCAGCCCCAGGUUCAGUCUCAGGUCCAUCCCCAAGUUCAGGUCCAGUUCCAGCAGCAGAGCCAGAUUCACCCACAGCCUCAGACCCUGCAGCAACCCCAGGUCCAGACUCAGCCCCAGUUUCAGGUCCAGUCCCCGCAGCAGACCCAGAUUCAGCAGCAGCAGCUUCAGGUCCAAGCCCAACCCCAGGUCCACGCUCAGUCACAGGUCCAAACCCAGCCCCAGUUUCAGGUCCAGUCACCUCAGCAGCUUCAGGUCCAAGCUCAACCCCAAGUCCAGGCCAAACUCCAGGUCCAGUUCACUCCUCAGAACCAAACACAGGUCCAAACGCAGCCUCAGAUUCAGGUCCAGUCCCCGAUCAGGCACCAGCUCAUCACCGUUCCAGGUCUCCAGCAGCCGGUCCAGCUCCUCUCAGCCCUGCCCCCCCACGUCGCUGCUCAAAUCCAAGCCCAGAUCCAGGCCCAGGCCCAGCAGCAGGGGGGCGCCAUGCCCCAGCAGAUCAAACUGCAGUUGCCGAUCCAGAUCCAGCAGACAGGGGGGCAGAUCCAAGCUCACCAGAUCCAGAACAUGGUGACGAUACAGGCGCCGGCGAGCGUCCAGGAGCAGCUGCAGAGGAUGCAACAACAACAACAACAACAACAACAGCAGCAGCAGCAGCAGCAGCAGCAGCAGCAGCAGCAACAACAACAACAACAACAAAAACCAAAGAAGAAGAAACACCCGGAGGCUAAAAAAGAACACAAAGAUCAGACUGUGAGUCCCGGAGACGGCAUCCAGAAACCGGUGUUAGCGAAGCAGAACGCGACGGCAGAGCAGCUGAAGCAGAAGAAGAGUCAGGCUGCAGCCGAGCGAGAGGAGAACCAGAGAAUGAUCGUGUGCAACCAGGUGAUGAAGUUCAUACUCGACAAGAUUGAGAAGGACGAGAAGCAGGCGGCUAAGAAGAGGAAGAAGGAGGAGGUGGUGGAGCAGAAACGCUCCAAACAGAACGCCACCAAGCUGACGGCGCUGCUGUACAAACACAAAGAGCAGCUGAAGGCGGAGAUCCUGAAGAAGAGGGCGCUGCUGGACAAGGAGCUGCAGCUGCAAGUACAGGAGGAGCUGAGGCGAGACAUAGCGAAGCUGCAGAGAGAGAAGGAGAAAGCCCGAGCUGCGAUCACUCAGGCCGCCGCAGCAACAGUCAAGGCUGCUGCCGCCGCCGCCGCCGCCGCCGCUGCCUCCUCCCACUCCUCCUCCUCCCACCCCCCCUCCUCACACUCCACACAUUCCUCUCAGAGCACCCACACCUCGCCGUCCUCGUCCCACAAACGGAAGAGAGAGGAGGAGAGAGACAGAAACAGAGACAGAGACCGGGACCGGCACCACGACAAAGACAAGAAGAGGGACCGGGAAAAGGAGCGAGACAGAAACAGAGAGCGAGAGAAGGAGCGAGACGGGGAGCGAGAGAGGGAGAAGGAGAGAGAGCAGGAGCGGGACAGACAUCGAGACCGAGAGCGAGACAGAGACAAGGAUGGAGAGGCGGAGGGGGACAAGGACCGAGAUUCAAGCUCGUCAAAACACAAGAAGAAGAAGAAGCCCUCUUCUGCCUCGAAGGACCACAAGAAAGACAGCAAGCUGUACUGUAUCUGCAAGACGCCGUACGACGAGUCCAAGUUCUACAUCGGGUGCGACCUGUGCUCUAACUGGUUCCACGGCGCGUGUGUCGGCAUCACGGAGAAGGAGGCGAAGAAGCUGGAGGACUUUGUGUGCAACGACUGCAAACGCGGUCAGGAGGGAGGAAGCAACGAGGAGCUGUACUGCAUCUGCCGGACGCCAUACGACGAGUCACAGUUUUACAUCGGCUGCGACCGCUGUCAGAACUGGUACCACGGGCGCUGCGUGGGCAUCCUGCAGAGCGAGGCCACUCACAUCGACGUGUACGUCUGCCCGCAGUGUCAGUCGACAGAAGACGCCAUGACGGUCCUCACGCCGCUCACCGACAAAGACAACGAGGGCUUGAAAAGAAUAUUACGCUCGUUACAGACUCACAAAAUGGCGUGGCCCUUCCUUGAACCAGUGGAUCCCCACGAUGCACCGGAUUAUUAUCGCGUAAUCAAGGAGCCGAUGGACUUCUCCACGAUGGAAACCCGUCUGCAGAAGCGGCACUACCACAAGCUCACCGAGUUCGUGGCCGACGUGACCAAAAUCUUCGACAACUGCCGCUACUACAACCCCAACGACACGCCCUUCUUUCAGUGCGCCGAGGUGCUCGAAGCCUUCUUUGUACAGAAGCUGAAAGGUUUCAAAGCGGGCAGGUCUCAUAACAACAAGCUACAGUGUUCCUCGGCCUCUUAAAAAAAAGCGCCGCUCAUUGCUCAAACAAAAUGCACUUGCCAAGAAAAAAAUGGCUUUUCUGAACUGACAGACUCUCUGCCUCGUCCCACGUUUGGGGGGAUCCGCUCCUCUGAUCGCCUGCUGCGGCCGGCUCUGCUGCUCUCACACACAAAGCGUUGAGGGCAGAGCCGCCGUCUUGAGGGACCUUUUCACGGACACCCCCCCCCCCGCCCCCCCGUCUUCAUCAGUGGGACCGCCGCACUGAGGAACGCGAACAGCUGAGGUGUCUCAGAAGAAAGUUUACCUCGGAGAAAAGACUCUCAAAGAGCUCUCAUAAUUCCACUUUCUUAACUUCUUAAACUCAGUCUUUCUUUUUGUUCCCCCCCGUGGUCAUCAUGUCCAAUGACAAACAGCAAUUCACAUACUGAGUUGGACCGAGCAUAAAGCAUCAAGGAUUCAAGUUUUUUUUUGUUCUUCCAUUUCCGCUCGUUGUUCCGUCUGAAGUGGCAUGAGAGACACUUGUACUAAAUGUGUGGACACCAGUAGUCUGCUCGCUCGACCUUGUAUAACCUCGUGAACGGACAGUAAUAAGCUCUUCUAAACGAUGUGCUCUGCAGUAGUGACAACUGACUGAGAAGGAUAAAACAAUGUAUUUCAACGUUCCUGCCCUGUUUGUAAAAAAAUGUCAGAUUUCGACUGGAUUUCUUUUUCUUUUUUUUGUAUUACAUCUGAAGAAAUAUUGAUGUAUAUGGAACUUAAUAAAAUGCAAAAGACUGA